AUGCUCAUGAUAGGAGCAUACGGCAACGGCGACAGAUAUGGGCUCUCUAGGCAUGCUGACUAUGAUGAACGGGGAGCAUACUUUGACAAUUCGUACAGUUCCUCAAGCAGCCCUAGCGAAUCAUACAGCAGGUUGGAGCGUACUUACGAUGAAUUUGGUUCGCAUUAUGAUAAUGAUAACUACGGCGCGAGGAGGAAUCCCUGGGGCGGUUGGAAUGGCGCACCUGGACGCCCGCGCUUCUCCAGGACAAUCAGCCAAAGACCGAAUCAACCAAAGCGCAUCAUGCAUGUUCAGACCUGGGAAACAUAUCGGGGAACUUCUAAUCCUUUUGGACCUAAUCGAGGGAUUUCCAACAAUUGGAGCAGGGGCAACUCAAUGCCUCCGUCGCGCGUUUUCAGCGCAGUGCAAGAUAUGGUCGAGAACCAAUCAAUGUUCUACGCGACGUUUCAAUGCCCGGAAAAAGUCGGGAAAUACAUUUGCAAAAUCAAAUGCGUGGAGCGUGACGAAAAAUUGACCGGGAUCUGCGAGGCUGGCUACUGCACUUGCAUUCUAAAGCAGCAAAAGAAGUUGAGGAAACAAUUGACGAAACGCUUCAGUAUGUAUUUUGAUUUUCUACUGUCCGGGUUUUGUAUGAAGAACUGA